UCUAGAACAAGCCCCAACCACCCACUCCUUUCGUACGGCACUGCUUAUGCCCCACAAACAUAAUGAAUUUGUUUCCCCAAUUAAAAAUAAAUGCAGUAACCGUAUUUAUAGACUGGGACAUAUCGGGAAUUCUACAGCAACAUUUGCCAAAAUAUAUGGGGAUCACUAUAAACUCAGUGUGACUUUAUAGAGACACACAAGAGUGAUUUAUCUCACUGCUCUACAAAGAACUGAGACGCUUUCAAAGUCAUGUCCGUUAAAAUGACUUUGGUAUCAAACCAAGCAUAAUAUUGAUAAUAUUUCGUCCAGAUAUUUCGCAGUGAUCUCCCAUAGCAGACACGGUCGGUGUUUUGCAGCCCCUCUCUCUCUGGGUUUGCCCGUUUCACGACAAGUGGACAAGUGAAGCAGUCGUACAUAUCAGCUGGGAGACUGCGAGCUGCUGUCUCAGUCGGGUUCACUGUGCAGGAGGAGGAAUGGCAGGCUGGGGGGGCUUCUUCUUUUCUCUCCUCAACUACAAGACAGAGAAAUAUGUCAUCGCCGAAAACAGAAGAAUCGGAAUAUUAUUUCGACUCUAUCAGCUGGCCGUGCUGGGGUACAUAAUCGGGUGGGUGUUUGUGGUGAGGAAAGGUUACCAGGAGAAAGAAGAGGCCAUCCAGACUUCAGUCAUCACCAAGCUCAAAGGUGUUACACUGACCAACAGCUCUGAGACAGGGCUUCACCUGUGGAGCGCCGAGGAUUACGUCAUACCACCCAAUGGGGAACAGGUGUUCUUCAUAGUGACAAAUUACAUAGAGACACCCAAUCAGAGGCUGGGGUUUUGUGCUGAGAGUUUCAAGGUGCCAAAUGGACGAUGUCAAAGUGAUGAUGACUGCAUGGAGGGCGAAACCGUAAUAGCUGGCCAUGGGAUCAAGACCGGCGUGUGUUUAAACAGCACUGGGACCUGUGAGAUUCACGCCUGGUGUCCUGUUGAAUACAACAAGAGACCCACAGAGCCCUUACUGAGUGAAGCCGAAAACUUCACCAUCUACAUCAAGAAUUUCAUCAGGUUUCCAAAGUUUGAAUUCUCCAAGUCCAACGUCCUUGAAACCUCUGACGACACCUACCUGAAAAGGUGCUCCUUUGACAGAGAGAGCGAUCCAUACUGCCCCAUUUUCCGCCUCGGAGAGCUGGUCAGUUGGAGUGGACAUGACUUCCAGGACAUGGCUGUUAAGGGCGGGGCUAUCGGGAUUCUUAUUGAGUGGAACUGCGACCUGGAUAAGGACUCGUCACAGUGUAAUCCACGCUACAGCUUUACCCGUUUGGACAUGAACAUGAACAACUCGGUCACAUCAGGGUACAACUUCAGAUACACCAGGUAUUACAAGGAUCAAAAUGGUGAAACCUAUCGCACUUUGUAUAAAGUCUACGGGAUUCGCUUUGAUAUAAUGAUCAAUGGCCAGGCUGGGAAAUUCAAUAUUGUUCCCACAUUGAUUGCCAUUGGGUCAGGUGUUGCUCUGCUGGGUGCAGGAGCCUUUGCAUGUGACAUGAUACUUCUGUACAUGAUGAACACGAGCUCCUUCUACCGAGAGAAGAAGUUUGAAAUCAUCAGCUUCAAGAGAGACCGGAUGAAGCCCAGGGAUGGGAAGGCAGGACACAAGGAAAGGAGACCCAAGAAACCAGCUGCAGAGAAAGGGGCAGCCAACUCCUCCGAAAAGCCAGAAGGAAUAGAAUCCACUCUGGGAUCUUCUCCCGCUGCAGAGAGCCAGCUGCCUGUGGAUAGUCGGGGUCCCACCAUUCCACGCAACACAGGACAGCGAUAUUCUGCCAUUCUCUCUCCCCAAGGUGCGGAGCCGAGGCAUCACAUUACUUUCUCUUCACACAAUUAAGUUUGCAGGAAGAGCAAAUCACCUGCAGUGGUCUCAGUUAUGUCGCAAGAGGUGGAACCAAAAGUCUGACUGAUGCCCACUUCUCUCCUACUGGUACGACCGCUGGCAUGCCACUAGCCUGGGUGAUACUUGCCCUAACUGAAGAUAUGUUGGUCCAGAGAAAUGUUAAUGUUCCAUGCUGGGGGCCAGGACACUGAUGUGGAAAUCCCCAGAAAGGUGAUUUUCAGUGGCUGGGUUGGGAUCCAAAGGUGGGAUGUGGGAGAUAACAGGUCCAUAAAUAAUGACAGGCAAAAGUACUGUGAUAAUGAUGAUUUAAUCUAAGUAAAUUAUGCAUCAAAUUAAUAUUGUCUGUUUCAUGUUAUAAAAUCAAUAAGCUUUCUUGGCUGUUGAUCAGACUAAUUAAGCGUCAUGUCCAGUUUAACAUGCUUGACCCCAGUUUAUAUUUAUGCCAUUUUAUUUACUAAAUUAUGAACAUCACAGCACAAACACUCGACACACUCCCACUCCCUUUGUACCUCUAUACCUCUAAUAUAAGCUAAGAUUGGGUAAAAUUAAUAUAGACUAGAAAAUGUAAAAUCAUUUCCGCUGAACUAAUCUGCAAAAAUACCUUAAAAAUUCUAUGUUGGCUUAUGAGAUAAAGAUUUUGUGACUUAGAUCCAAAGAGAAAAUGUUUUUAAAAACUGUACUGGGAAGAAAUGUGUGAAGCAUCUUAAUGAUAUUUCAGUUGAUGCAUCAUGUACCUGUGGCUUGACAGGCAUUUGAGCAUACUGUUGACUAUAUUUUUUUGUGAUGUUUAUAUUGGCCAUGCACUGGCUACAACACAAUCUUAUUGAAAAUUGAAUGUAUUAGCUAAACUGUGGAAUGCAAUUGUGAUGUGCUACUGUGAGUGGCUGACUGUUAAUGAAUGGUACAAAACAUUUAAGUGCAUGAACUUGUUUCUCCAUCCUGUUUAUUCUUGCUGUUUCUAUUUAUUGAAUGGUCUUUAUUGUUGGAAACAAAUGUUUUUGUCAUAUUGAUUUCAUGCUGUCAACAAAUGACGCUGCCUGGCAGACAAACCGAUCAAUGAUUUAUUCAGUGAAGUUGUACAGAGGUAUUUAUUUCAAUCAGUAUUUAGAUCAGUUAUCUUAAACCACAGUGUUGUACAUGAAAUGUAAUCCCAAAUACUUACAACUUGUGUGGAUGUGAUGUGUUUUUAAUCUAUGUUACAAUACAACCUACAUUAUCAUAACUGCUCUUAUCCUUGUACAGCUGACACCAAGCACAGAGCAGGAUUUACAGGUUUAAUAAGUUCAGUCAUAGCUAAGUGUGGACGAGGAAGGAUAAGAGGACAUUUUAUUCUGCAUACUAUAAUUAUUGACACAUCCUCUGUUGAAUCAACAGUUUAUAAUGGAAAACCCAAAAGUCUUUCACUAAUAGCUUUUCUAAAAAAAACA